UGCAGCCAUGAGCACAUCUCACUUUCGAGUUAUCGAGCACACCAUUCAGUGUCCCUCUCUCCGGGAAUAUCACCAUGGAGUUAAAAGUGGUCAAAAAUUACACUUAGCAAUCAAACAAUAUGUUCCUCUCAAUAAUCCCCAUCCUGCACCGGGUGACAUUACAAUUAUCGCGGGACAUGCAAAUGGGAUUCCAAAGGAGUGCUACGAGCCUCUAUGGGACGACCUUCUUGCAACGAGCAAGGUGAAGAUCAAGGCCAUUUGGUUCGCAGACUGCGCAAAUCAAGGCGCCAGUGGAGUCUUGAAUGAAGAUAAACUGGGUGAUGACCCAAAUUGGUUCGACCAUUCCCGAGACCUCUUCUCAAUGAUCACUCAUUUUCAAGACCAAAUCCAACCUCCAAUUGUAGGCGUUGCACACAGCUUCAGCUGCUCGUCAUUCGUCCACUUAUCCCUCAUUCACCCCCGUCUCUUCCACACCCUCAUCUUCCUCGACCCCAUGAUCCAAACUGAAAGCCCCAGCAAGCCAGGUGGCCGCAGCCCUGCCCUCUGGGCCAGCACCCGCCCCGACCUCUGGCCGUCUCAGUCCGAAGCUGAAAAGCACAUCCGGAGUAGCCCUUUCUGGCGCAGAUGGGAUUCUCGUGCGGUCGCAAAAUACAUUGAACAUGGUCUCCGGCCUGUCCCGACAGCUUUGUACCCGUUUGAUCCUCAGUCCUCUAACGGAGAGAUGUCAAGCGCAAAGGUGACACCAAACUCAGUGACUUUGACAACCACCAAAGCUCAAGAAGCAUGGACAUAUCUACGCUUUAACAUCACGCCAUAUGAAAGUACUACUAAGGAAGAUAUGAGUAGUGAUAGUGCUGAGCGCUUCCUCAGCCCUGACCUAGCUACAUCAGCCAAAGAAGGCACCAACAACCAUCCCAGCUACGUAACGACCUGUCCUUGGACAAGUCUCGCGUUCGAGCUCUUGCCUUAUAUUCGGCCAUCAGUUCUAUUUGUUUGGGGAGAGAAAAGUCAUAUAAAUACCCCCGGUGCACGCAGAGAUGAUAAACUGUUACGUGUUGGCACCGGGCUUGGAGGUAGUGGGGGUGUUCGGGCAGGGAUGGUUCGGGAUGAGGUUGUGAAAGGGGCAUCGCAUACGGUUUCCCUUGAAGAGGUGGGUGAGACGGCAAGAGUGGUUUCAGACUGGUUGGUGGAGCAGGAGAAGAGGUAUAUGGAGGAGAAGAAGUUUUGGGAGGAGUAUGAUAGCCAGAAGUCGGAGAGGGGUGGGUUGGCGUUGUCGGAGAAAUGGAUGGAGUAUAUCAAGUUGCCGGUUGAUACGAAGCGGGAGAAGAAGGGGAGUCGACUGUAG